GGAGAUGCAAAGUAUCUUAUAUAUGUUGGAUGAGCAAGCAAUCUUGUCGCCUAUGCUUAUAUCCCUGUGCUAUGUUUCGGCGGCAUUGUAGAUCUGGCGAGCGUUCCGUAAAGGCGCAGAUUUCUCUUGCUGAAAAGUCCGGAGGGUCGCUCAGAAAUUCAUAAGAUACAGAUGUUCUUGCGGGACGCGUUGAUCCGGGCGGCAGCUGUGUUUUUGGCCAUCUGCGCCAUCCUGGCAGUGUCUUGCAUGCUGCCAGUGUUCCAGGAGCUGUCCUCGCCUGAGAACCAGGACAUGGCGUUUGAGGGCAGCGUGAGGGACUUCAAUGUUGACCGGGGGAUGUAUGUCAGCUGCCAGCCCUCAGAGCAGGGGUGCCUGCAGCAGGAGAACCAUAUCCUUCGCCAGAAGGUGUACUCCUUGAGGAAGCAGCUGGGCCGGCUGUCAUGCGCGGUGGACGGUGUAGGCCCCACAGGUGGUAUUUGUCUGGAUGCUGAUGGCACGCACAAGGGGAGGGAUAUUGGGUCAUUUGAUGCUGUGCUGGCACGCAACCUCGCGGGCUUUUUUGGACCAAGGAGUGUUCUUGACCUAGGCUGCGGUCUUGGAGAGUAUGGGAGAGCUUUACAGGAGCACGGUAUUGCCUGGGAGGGCUUUGAUGGGGCGGAGAACAUAGAGGAGAUCACGGACCACUUUGUGCGAUGGGCGGAUUUGACAGUGCCGCAGUGGUUAGGGCACAAGCACGACUGGGUGAUGAGCCUACAGGUGGGCGAUAGCAUACCGGCCAAGUAUGAGCAGGUGUACUUGGAUAAUCUAAUCAGGCAUGCACGCCAUGGCAUUGUGCUGACGUGGACAGCACCCCAGUCAGAUGGCGAGACCUCCGGCCACGGUAAUGCAAAAUCCGCAGCUGAAGUCAUCCAGGCGAUGGUGCAUCUGUGCGGCUCCUUCACGCGCUGGGUGGAGACUGUUCCCAUGGCUCCAGUGGAUGGGCAACCUGGCUUGUUCUCCGUAGUUGUUCACUUACCUCCAGGGUACCACCAGUACAAAUUCAUAGUGGAUGGGGAAUGGCGGCAUGAUGAGCUGCAGGCCUACAUGCCAGACCCCCUAGGCAAUGUGAACAACUGGCUCUUUGUGCGCAAACCUGAACCGCCAGGCGCGCAGCAGCCGCAGCUGCCGAUGCCAGGGAUGCCAGAGCAGCAUAUGGCCCACCCGGCAGAGCAGCAGAUGGCACAGGCACAGAAUGCGAACGCGUUGCAGCCGCCAGCGCAACACAUGAUGCAGCAGCAGAUGGAUCCCCAACCGCAGCCAGCAGCCGGGCCCAGCGCGCCAUUCUCUAGGGAGCCUGAGCCGAUGGCAAGCGCUCAGAUAGCGCCAUCGCUGUCCACCGACAUGGACUUGGACAUCAGCAAUGCGGAGUCAUCCGCUGAGUCCGUCAUUGCCUUACAGGCGGAUGAACCGGAGUUCACACGCAACAAAGUGCGCGCGUUCUUAAGUGGGCACACCUGCUACGAGCUCAUCCCUGAGUCUGGCAAGGUGGUUGUCCUAGAUGUUGGGCUGCCCAUCCGCCAGGCGUUCCAUGCGCUGCGUGAGCAGGGGGUGGCCAGCGCGCCGUUGUGGGAUGAGGAAUCGGGGAGCAUCAUUGGCAUGAUAUCCGCCUCCGACUUCAUCCACAUCCUCAGGCGGUUGCGCAACAGUGUGACGAGCGGUGGCAAUCCAAUGAGUGAGGCAGAGAUGGAUCUGCACACGAUCGGGGGCCUGCGCGAGGAGGCGGCUGCCGAGGGACGGCCGCUCAAGCAGCUGGUCAGCCUGCGCCCGGAGGACCCUUUGACCACCGCCAUCCGCAAGCUCUUCAACAACCGCUGCUCCAUGGCCCCCGUGCUCACCGGUCCCUCCACUGGUGAGCGGCCUCCCAAUUUAACACCGCCAGGGACACCGCCGCUGCACUCGCCAAAGUCGCGGGAGCCCAGCGACAACGAGGUCUGCUCGCUGCUGCACAUCGCGACCAUCAGCGGCGUGCUGGCAGCGCUGAUGCGCCACUUCCGCGCGUCGUUCGCUUCGCUGCCCCUUCUGGGCCAGGCCAUCGGCUCGCUGCCCCUGGGCACCUGGUCGCCCGAAUCCUCCCUCGUGCGUCGCGAGCUCAACGGCGGCCAGCAGGGCGAAGAGAGGCGGGACCGCAGGAAGGUGCGGCCGCUGCACACGGUGCAGCCGGGGACGCCGCUCACGACGGCGCUGGGAAUGCUGCUGGAGGCUGGCGUGUCCGUGCUGCCCGUUGUGGACGGGAGUGGAGUGCUCAUAGACAUGUACGCACGGAGCGACAUAACGCAGCUGGCCAAAGGGAACGCCUACAACCGGCUGCAGUGGGAGGAGGUCACCGUCGGCCAGGCCUUGGCCCUUGCGCAGAUCGCCAACCCACCUUGGCCCAAUUCGCAGCCCGGCGCGCAGGGGCAGGCGCAGGGGCCAGAGAGCAGCGCAGCGAGCCAGAGGCAGCAGAGAGUAUUUGUCUGCACCGCCCACGACACGCUCAGAUCUGUGGUGGAGCAACUCUCGGCUUCAGGCAUGCGGCGGCUGUUUGUCGUGGAGCCAGAGACCAGCAGAGUGGAAGGCAUUUUUGGUUGCUCUCAACUGACUCAAGACCUAGUGGCUAGGAUCGAGCAGCUGACAGGGAAGCCUGCCCAUCCCUUUCUGAAAAGAGGAUUCUUCUAUGCCCACCGCGAUCUGAAAGAUGUCCUGGAUGCUUAUGAGAAGGGGGAGCCUUUCUACUUGUACACUGGUCGGGGGCCAUCCUCUGAGUCGCUGCAUUUGGGCCAUCUAGUGCCCUUCAUUUUCACCAAGUGGCUCCAGGACGCUUUCCAAGUCCCGCUCGUGAUUCAGAUCACUGACGAUGAGAAGACACUGUUCAGGUCUCUGGAACUGGAGGAGGCAUACAGGUUGGGAAAGGAGAACAUCAAGGACAUCAUUGCCUGUGGAUUCGAUCCAGACAAGACCUUCAUCUUCUCAGACUUUGAUUACGUGAAGGGCGAGUUCUACCGCAAUGUCAUCCGGAUCCAGAGGUCGGUGACCAUGAAUUCCAUCCGCAGCCUCAUGGGCAUGACGCAGGAGGACAACAUUGGCAAGAUUGCCUUCCCGGCAGUCCAGGCUGCACCCUGCUUCCCGACAUCGUUCCCCCACAUCUUUGGCACCCAAAAGAACAUCCGGUGCCUCAUCCCCUGUGCUAUUGACCAGGAUCCUUAUUUCCGGAUGACCAGGGACGUUGCUCCCAAGCUGGGCUACUUCAAGCCAGCACUCAUAGAGUCAUGCUUCUUCCCUGCCCUGCAGGGCGAGACAGGCAAGAUGUCCGCGAGUGAUCCGACUAGCGCCAUUUUUGUUACCGACACAGCCAAGCAGAUCAAGACAAAGAUCAACAAACAUGCAUUCUCUGGCGGCUGCGCAACCCAGGAUGAGCACCGGGAGAAGGGUGCCAACCUUGAUGUGGAUGUGUCCUGGAAGUACCUGAACUUCUUCUUGGAGGAUGACGCGCGGCUGGCAGAGAUUGGACAGCUGUAUGGAUCAGGGCAGAUGCUUACGGGGGAGAUAAAAGCUGAGCUUAUUCAGGUGCUGCAGACGAUUGUGAAGGAGCACCAGGAGCGGAGGGCAGCCAUCACCGAUGAGGUGGUGCAGUCUUUCACUGGGGAGAGGCCCAUGACUGGCCUGUUGGAGAAGCUGUUCCCAAAAAUGCAAAUCCAGGCUGAGGCCAAGGCAAAGAAGUAG